UGUGUGGCCGACGCCAUUCCCAACGCCACGAUUCGCUGGUGGUUCCGCGGCCAGGAUCUCGCGCUCCAAACCAACCUCUACCAAAUAGAGCCCAACUCAGCGGGCGAAUCGCGUCUUCACGUGCAUCCGCGCGCCGGUUCCGCGCAGAGAGACAUUUUCGGCGCUUACCGGUGCGAAGCGUUCAACAGUUUGGGCGCCAAUGACGUCAUCAUUCAGCUCGAAGAGGCCUUCAGACCGGGCGCAAUAAUGCAAACGCUUCACGAGACCAUCACUCCCACCACAAUCACCUUCCGCCUGAUGGCGCCCUCUUUCGACGGCGGCCUUCCGGUGACGAAGAUUCGCGCGCAAUACAGGGAGGAGCGCGAGUCGGAAGUGGAGCGCCGCGAGUGGCCACUGGACAGACACUCGGAGCUCUACUUCGUGGACCGCUUGUUUCCCAACACCCGAUAUUUGUUUCGUUUCGCCGCAGAAAACAUCGUCGGAAUCGGUCUCUAGUCGCUGUCGACCUCUAG